UGUUUUCAGUGAGAGGAAAAAACAAAUAUACAUGAAGAUGAUCAUACCUGUACAAGAGCAAAAGAAUCCAAAAAAGAUUCAAAAAGGUUCAAUCUUUUUUUGGGGUUGUCUCAAAUUGUGUAAAGUUUUCAAUUUGGGGUUUUCUAAAGGGAGGAAAUCAAAACUUAAAGCACACAAGAUGAAGAAAAUGGUGAUGAAGAAGGAACUCUAUGUCAUAACCCCUAUAUCAGGUUGAAUCCGGACUAUAUUUCUCAGCCAAGGUUUUAACAACUUUUGAUAAGGAAGAUCAUCUGCAGCGAUCAUCUUUGUCAUCUCUAUCAUUAAGUUUUAUUCCCAGUCAAGAAGAUUUGAUAACGCUUCUCCGAAAUUGUUCUUUUGUUUCUGUUAGAGAAUCAACGGGAACAGGAAUCUUUUCAAAGUCCUACUUCUAUAUCCUUUUCAUCCCUCAAUUCAGGAUUGAUGCCUAAAAGAAGCAGAAAUGUUGUGGAGCCACGGCAUUCUUCCCGCCUCCGUGAACUGGAAAAUAGAAGGAAUGACAGAUCAGAGGGAGAAUGCCUCCGUGAACUGUCAAAUAGAAGGAAUGACAGAUCAGAGGGAGAAUGCCUCCGUGAACUGUCAAAUAGAAGGAAUGACAGAUCAGAGGGAGAAUGCCUCCGUGAACUGUCAAAUAGAAGGAAUGACAGAUCAGAGGGAGAGCGCACUCAAGUAGCUUCUACACUUGAUUCAGCUGUUGAGCCACAUCGUUCUUCCCGCCUCUGUGAACUGUCAAAUAGAAGGAAUGACAGAUCAGAGGGAGAAAGUCUCUGUGGACUGUCAAAUAGACGGAAGGACAGAUCAGAGGGAGAACGCACGGGGAAUGACAUAUCAAAUGGAGAAUGCAUGGGAAACGACAGAUCAAAAGGAGAACGCACGGGGAAUGACAUAUCAGAGGGAGAACGCAUGGGGAACGACAGAUCGGAGGGAGAACGCACGGGGAACGGCAGAUCAGAAGGAGAACGUACGGGGAACGACAGAUCAGAGGGAGAACGGCUCCGUGAACUGUCAAAUAGCAGGAACUCCAGAUCAAGGAACGAAAGAUCAGAGGGAGAACACACGGGGAAUGACAUAUCAGAGGGAGAACACGCGGGGAACGACAUAUCAGAGGGAGAACACAUGGGGAACGACCAAUCAGAGGGAGAACGCACGGGGAACGACAGAUCAGAGGGAGAGCGGCUCCGUGAACUGUCAAAUAGCAGGAACUCCAGAUCAGAGGGAAAACGCCUCCGUGGACUGCCAAAAAGAAGGAACUCCAGAUCAGAGGGAGAACGCCUCCGAAGGAACUCCAGAUCAGAGGGAAAGUUAAACUCGAUUAACUUUGACUGUUACCUGGAGAAUAUAUGGAGGAAACUACCAGAGGAUAAGAAAAAUUUGUUUGCAUGCCUCGACUCCAUGUGGUUUUCCUCAUACAGAAACAAACAGUAUGAGUCUAAGGUGUUGAGAUGGAUUAAGAACAAAGACAUAUUCUCGAAAAAAUAUGUUUUUGUUCCCAUCGUUCUCUGGGGUCAUUGGUGUCUUUUGAUCUUUUGCCAUCUCGGUGAAAGUCUGGAGUCAGAAUCAACAACUCCCUGUAUGUUGUUGCUGGAUUCGUUGCAGAUAGCAGACUCCUCGCGAUUUGCACCUGAGAUAAGAAAAUUUGUUUCCAGCAUAUUCAACAAUGAAGAGAGGCCAGAGAGCAAGCGGCUGAUUAAGAAAAUCCCACUAUUGGUUCCUCAGGUACCGCAACAGAGAAAUGCUACCGACUGUGGUAUAUUUGUUUUGUACUACAUUAGCCGUUUCCUAGAGAAUGCUCCAGAAACUUUUAGCAUUUCAGAAGGCUACCCUUACUUUAUGAAGGAAGACUGGUUUACUCAUGACCAGUUAGAAAGCUUUUGGCAAGACCUGCAGACUGUGAACAAGAACUCAUCAUCUGCUGAUGGAAACUCCUCAGAUUCAGAUGAUGUUAUAUGUUUAGACUAAGAGGGGCAUUUAUAUUGUUUUUCUUACAAAUAUAUGAUACUACUCCAAGGGGAGCCUCGGAACAACGAUGGGUUUCGUCGUUGUGUGACCUUAUAGGUCCAAACUUGUUUGAGUGACCUAUAUGUCACAGAUUUGAGCUGUGGAAUCAGAUCAUGGUAGGCUGACAAUGUUACACACCUUUAGAUCUUUACCAAUUCCUAUAUGAACUCGGGAUGCUUCGUGCACCAGACUAUUUAUUUAAAAUAACAGAUACAAUUGAAAGGACAUGUAACUAUGUCUCAUUUGGAUAUUUAA